UUUUCCCCCCAUCUCAUUCGUUCUCUGUCUCUCAGCGGCGGCAGCUCAGGGAGGCAGCUGUAUGUGCGUCUGCAAGACAAUUGCCACAGGUAAAGACAGCUGCAUCGUCGGAUGUUGCCAACCCCACAGGGGGUGAGGGAGCCUUUGCUGCUGCGGUAGCAAGUUCCCAUCCCUGCGCGGGGCGCACAUUUCUAAUCAUCUCCAAGAAAGCAUCCUGGAGGGAAGGACGAUCAGAGGAUCCCAGCAACCCGACCAACAAAUCACAAGCUGACUCGAAAGAGCACAGGCUUUCAGGGACUGAGGGAAAAAAAACAGCACUCCGAGAGCGAGACGAGAGAAUCAGUGGGAUAUUUUUAAACGUUGUAGCCUCCUGUUUGUGUUUUUGCUCUUAUCUCUUGAUUCAGCUCUUUCUGUUUCAAUCAUUCGCAUCCGUUCCCUGCCUCUCGUCCUCUUUCAUUCUAUCCCUCUGUGGUGGAAUGUUCCCUGCAAAUAGAUGAGAAGAGGCUUUCUGAGUGCUUGCUGCAGUAUUAACGGACGGUAUACUGAGACAGCAGGGCGCUGAGCGGACAGCUUGGGGAAAUCUGAUCCACAGCCGGCUGGAGAAGGAGCUGGAUCACGCGUCGCUGUUGCAGAUUUAUCCGCCCUGUGAUACCACUGCGCGACAACACCCCUAAUUCUUUUUUUCCCCCUCUCCCUCUCUCCUUCCUCAUCUCCGAAGUGUUGUUGUUUGACUGGAUCAGGAACAUUAAUUGGAUUCUACUGCUUUAUUGUCAGCCUCACCGGAAUUUAGAGCAAAAGGAAGCAAAGUGGGUUUGGAUCCAAACUAUCCGCAAAUAAGGAGAGGCUGAUUGAAAAGCAACGGGCGACGACAAAAGACCUGAUAAUCCAAGGAGAGUGUUCGACAGACGCAUGAACGACAGAUCUCUCGCUCUCUUUCAGUUACGAAAGAGACGGAUUUUGGGAGCUGAGGGACGCUGACUCGGCUAAAGCCGUUGGAACAGGCUGCAUUGGAAAACAUCUUUCAUUUUUUUUGUCCUGCCCAGGGUGGGGAGGCAACAAGACCCACCCUGCAAGUUUCCCUCCCCUCAUUAGACAAUACUGUCCCAUCGUGGAUCGUGCUUGGAGGGGACAUAUAUGCAUGUUAAGUAGAAUUAGUCGUGGAUGUUUUUGCUGCAGUGACAUCUGAACACUGAUGCCAUAGAUUCCUCACAUGCACAGAUGUAAAGCUGUUCCUACCCACCCAUCUCUCCCUCCUGUCCUUCCUUCUCCCUGCUAGAAGCAUCACUUCUUAUUCUUCUCCUCUGGCUUAUCCGGCUGUGAACGUUCUUGAAGUUCACCGUCACUUCACUUGGACAUCGGGAGUUGGGCCGGACUAAACGCGGACUAAUCGGGCGAUUAUCCGUCUGCGCCAGCUCUCCCAUUUCUCACUGGUGUCUCUGAGUGCUUGUGUGUGUGCUUGUGUGUUUGUGAUAGCGUGUCUGCAUGUAUCUCCUGCACCCCUCCCCUCCUCGUUAUCCUUGGAUUACAUAUUUUUGUACGUGUUAUUGAGCGUCCGAUACCCGUGAGGUUCUUUUUUGUAUCCAUUUGUUCACCUUUCCUUUUGUCUCUCCUCAUUGUCCGGCAUUGUUGGGAACCUUUCUGCCAUGUGCUACCGAUGCUUAGCACAGGGUUAACCCUCAAUGAGCCUUAAAGGACGGCAGGGAAGGAUGAGCGAGUGUUCUGGGGCAGCUGUUUCCGGGGCGGUGAUCCUGGAGGAACCUGAGGCUUCAGGGGCUUCAGGGGGCCGUGGUGAGGGCCAGGCCCAGGAUCAGGGUCCCAUUCGCUGUGCGGUUUGGCCUCGCCAGCAGACAUGGCUGUGUGUGGUCCCCUUACUUAUCGGUUUCAUUGGCCUUGGAUUGAGCCUGAUGCUGUUGAAGUGGAUUGUUGUCGGUACGGUGCGGGAUUACGUGCCGACAGACCUGGUGGAUGCUAACCGAAUAGGCCAGGAUCCUAUCUUCCUCUCCAAGCCAAGCGGGAUCCCCAAAAGUCCUGACACUACCACUACGACAACUACUCCUACAGUUGAAGGUGGGAACCCCACACCUAGGACUGUAACUAUUGGGAAAGGUAGAAGUCGUUCCACUGCUACUACCACGACUAUAAACCCUAGAGGGGGUGGAGCCUCGGGUAGCCAAGUAACCCCACGGAAUCCUGUACAUCGUAACGGACGCGGACCUUCGGGUUUUACUACGACCACCGCGGCGCCACGGACCACCUUCAUAAUUGGAUCAGCAACGUCUAGCCCCUCGCCGUCCAAUCCAACCGUGCUCCACGACUCUACGCAGAUGUGGACCCUGGAGCAUACUACUACUACUGAGACGGUCUCCACUACGCUGGUCACACGUACGCACGGCCACCGCAAAACACCGUCUCCAACUGUCCCUCCGCUGCACUCGGAGCAUUUCAAGCCCUGUCAUGAGAAGGACCUGGCCUACUGCCUGAACGGCGGCGAAUGCUUCGUCAUCGAGACGCUCAGCGGGCCUCACAAGCACUGCAAGUGUCGAGAAGGCUACCAGGGAAUCCGCUGUGACCAGUUUCUGCCCAAGACGGACUCCAUCCUGUCUGACCCAAUUGAUCACUUGGGCAUCGAGUUUAUGGAGAGCAAAGAGGUGUACAAGAGACAGGUGCUGUCAAUCACAUCCAUCGCCAUGGCGAUCAGCCUCCUGGGAACCCUGUGCAUGGCCCUCUACUGCCGCAACAAGAGGCGCCGAGAGAAGCUCCAGGCCCACUUGAAGGAGAGUCGCAGUUUGAAAAACUACACAGCUAAUUCCCAUAACGCCGUGGAAGCCAAGAUGAGGGCCCCUAACGCCAACCUGCAAAUGCAUGAGUACUGCAAACGGUCCUCCCAGCCUCGCCAGGGAAACGUCUGUGAGUCCAGCUUUCCACACUGCAACAUCUCCACCACGCCGUCCAACGCGUCCAGAGGCACGGCCAAACAUCACAGAAGUGGUUCCUUGUCUCACAGCCCGGAUCCGAGAACCCGGGCAGCCCAUUGGUCAGCUCCACGCAGGACCCCGCCCAUACCCAGGGGAAGGUUAAAUCCGAUUGGAGGAUCCAAGUAUUCAGGCCCCGCCUACCAACACCUUCAGGAAGUGGACUCAUCUGAGAGGGAGGCUGAAGCACAAAGAGGUUGCCAAAUGCAGGUAGAGAACCAGUGUGACGACCCCAGACGUGAUGCCUUCCUACAUAUGCAAACUCCUGUUUCCAUGGAGACGUCGUUGCCAUCGCCUUGGAGUGGCCGCACGGAGGCGCGUCUGGGCCUGUCCGAGCACAGCGAUCCGAACCCCGCCACCCGCAGCCUGCGUCGGCCCGGACGCCGUCACAGCCACUCCCCGCCUCCCCCGUUUCGCUCCUGCUCCAUCCCCAUCAUCCCUUCCGUCCAGUGUCACCAUGACAACGAGGUGUCUUGUAUGCAAACCAGCGUCACGCCGUCGACCGCGGCGAUGUCAGUCUGCGGAGCCGCCGCGCCCUGCAAGGAAGCGAGGAGAGGAGAGAGGUUGGCACACGUGGCCACGUUGUCCUCUUCUUCCUGCUCGUCCGCCAUCGGUCAGCAGCGGGACGAGGUGGCGCUGCUGCUGGAGGAGGCGCAGGAGCAGCUCAGGGCGUUGGCGUUGGCUCACAGGAAGCAGGAUGAAGGCGGGAUCAGCAGCGGGUCGACGGCUGCGCUGGUGGAGGCCAGAGAAACUGUUUGCUUCCUGAACCUUAACGGAGGAAGUGCCGGGGCGCUGAGCUGUAACGGACCCACGCAGACCCAGUUACUCAGCCCCAGCCUAUCACACAGAGACCUGGGCCAAAGCAGCCAAUGAAAGGACGCCAUUUAGGACUUUCACUUUCGGUUUGACAGUGUUUGACAGACUAUGGUGUUCUGCAUCUGUGGGACACGAAUGGAAAUGCCGGAUUUAAAAAAAAAAAAAAAAAAUGUAAUAUCACGGAAAUGAUGUGCUGAUGAUAUGCAUAUACCGUAUGGAUACAAACACUUCUCGAGUGGCCGCCUUU